GGGUAAGUUUCAGGUUAAAUGGAAGGGAAAUGUUGAAGGAAGUGUUGUUCUGAUGUUAUCUGUGUUCCUCUGAGAAACGGUGAGAGUUUCAAACCACACUUCUGUUCUUCUGUUCCUGCGUGAGCUCAACGUAAACACUGGACAUUUUUAGAUGUAAAAUGAGUCGCAUAGGAGUUGUGUGUUUGCUGAUCUCUGUGUGUUGCUGUGAUUUAAAGAGAAACACACAGCGUCUCAACACUCGGGAGCUGACCUUGAAUAACAUUGACCUGAAGCAUUGUGAGAAACAGAAGAACGUCUGCGUGAUGUCCGCCUCUGACUGUCUCGACACAGCGUCUGAUGGAAAGCCUGAAGGUCUCAGUAGAUCUGACUGGAACUUUGUGAACACAUCGUGUCAUUUUCUGAUGGAUGAGGAGUCUCUCACAUGCAGCUGGAUUCAGCUGAAUGAUAUCAAAACCAUCAACACCUUCAUUAUCAGCAGAGAGAAAGACAUCAUCCACUGUCCUGCAAUUUUAAAUGAUCAUUCUAGUUUCUAUUUAACGAUCAAAUCAGUGAAUCUCAUCGAUCAGAGAGAGAUCUUCUCAGACGUCUAUAAAGUAAAUCUAAGUGAAAUCAUUCAGGCUCCUCAGCCGGUCAUCAGAUUUGUCAAAAGCACAGACACUUCUCUGAAUGUCACCUGGACCAGCGGUGUACCCAAAAUCACACAAUGUCGAAUCCGUCUCAGCACAGCGUCAUGGACAGAGAUGUUCCCAGUGUCUGAUGUCUCAAAGGAGUCUCUUUACAUCAUCAAUAAUCUUCAGCCGUACACUGAAUACAGUCUGAGUGUUUCCUGCUCUCACGGCUACGGUCAAUGGAGUAAAUGGAGCUCUGAAGCUCGAGCGAUGACAUCAGAGAGCGUGCCGAUCGCAGCUCCUCUGGUCAGUUAUUAUUUAAACUCAGUAACUCAGCAGCUGGGAAUUCUCUGGAAGGCUCUGGAUAGAUCAGAUGCUCGAGGGCUCAUUCAAGGUUAUGAAGUGUCUUACGCGCCCAGCAAACAUCUCGCUCGCAGGCAAACCAUCCACACGUCUGAUCUUAAGAUAGUUGUGUCUGUAAUGUCAGAGGAGUAUGACAUCACCGUAUCUGCUUAUAACAGCGCAGGACGAUCACCCAGCCGACGGCUCCGAGUUAAUGCAGCUCUUCAUCAUGAUGUUCCUGCAGUGAAAGGUCUCUGGGUUUCUUCUGAUGGUCUCUUUCUGAAGUUACAUUGGGAAGUUGAUGUGACUGCAGUAAAUGUGAGCGAGUUUGCCAUUGAAUGGAGAUCAUCUUCAGAUUUGUCCUCCAGCGGAUGGAUGCGUGUGAGCGCCUCCACGUUUACUGCACUUCUGCCAGAUAUUAAAUCAGGACUGACGUACAGCAUCAGUGUUUAUCCGGUUCAUGAGGAUCUGUGUGGAGCGCCGGUCUCUGUCUUUGCUGAUCUACAACACGGCACCCUGCUGGAUCUGCUGGGGUUUCAUCUCAUCAGUUUGACUAAAUCCUCUCUGACGGUCAGGUUUGUGUGGAAAGAGACGCAGCCCAACAUUAAUGUUCUUCACUACAAACUCGUGCUACAGGGAAAACAUCAGACACAAUACAUUACACAUGUUUUUCCACAUAAAGCACAGGAGUUAUUCAAUGAUCUUCAGGCAAAUGCCAAAUAUACACUUUAUAUUCAUGGAGAAACUGUAAGUGGGAAUUUUUCCAAGGCAACUUUAGAUGUUACCACACCUCUUCUAGAUUAUGAUGAGAUCAUUAAAUGUUGUGUUCCUCUGGUUCUCCUGCUUCUUGGCUUUGGUUUCUUCUCUGUUUUAACCAAGACUGUGUGUAAACAAUACUUCUUCCCAAACGUUGCCAACCCUGGUUAUAGUCUGAUAGGUCACUGGUUACUCAACGCUUCUUUUGAGAAUAACAGCAAGAUUUGUGUGCUGAGGCUGGAAAACGUUUUUACGGUUGAGCAGCAGACCGAGAAGAGCAUCAUCCACGUUGAACGUCGCACGUCUUCAGUUGCAGAAGAUGAAGUGAUUUCAUCAAAGAUCUGCACAACCAGUGAAGGUACAACUCACAGAUCCAGAUCAGAUUAUGUAGAAAACAGUCCAGGUCCCUUGAAUCCACCCGACUACAUUGAUUUACCCGUAUUCACUUCUAAACUGGAUUAUGUUUACAACGAAGAAAUCAUCUGUGAAUCUGUGAGACGUCCUCUGUCUGAACCAUGAGAAACUCAGGAUGAGAUAUUUGAGAUGAUUGGUGACUGGACUGUUGUGUGUCUCAUCUACAGGAAUGAAUCUUUAGCAUCAUAUGUGUGUGUUUGAUGGACUCUUAGAAACCAUGAAUAUCUUGUGUUGAUAAUAAUAAUAAUCAUCAUGUUUUGUAUUACAAAAUGACUGUAAAGUAUUACAUAACCACAGUGUUUUGUGAUUGCAACAGGCGCUGGCCUCUUUUGUUUUAUAUUCAGUCAUUUUUCAAAUAGUUUAAAGAUUAAAG